UCGAGCUCGGGGGCGGAAGCUGCGCGGGCCGUGGAGUCUUAGCUGGGGUGUCCAGAGGAGGAGCUCGGUCCCUGGCGAGGGUCCGGCCCUCGGGGCCCGGCCUGAGACGCGAAGAGGCUCUAGAGCUGCGGGGCGGCAAGAUGACUUCUUUGCUCCGAGAUUGGAACAGCUGAAGGCUGGAACCAUAGGACAAGAUGAGAACCACAAAGGUUUACAAACUCGUCAUCCACAAGAAGGGCUUCGGAGGAAGUGAUGAUGAGCUAGUUGUGAAUCCCAAAGUAUUUCCUCACAUCAAGCUUGGAGACAUUGUGGAGAUUGCUCACCCCAAUGAUGAGUACAGCCCUCUGCUUUUGCAAGUCAAGUCCCUUAAGGAAGAUUUACAGAAAGAAACUAUCAGUGUGGACCAGACUGUGACCCAAGUAUUUCGGCUUAGACCUUAUCAAGAUGUCUAUGUGAAUAUUGUGGACCCCAAGGAUGUGACCCUUGACCUAGUGGAAUUAACUUUUAAGGAUCAAUAUAUUGGCCGAGGGGAUAUGUGGCGACUAAAGAAAAGUUUGGUGAGCACGUGUGCUUAUAUCACUCAGAAGGUAGAAUUUGCUGGUAUCAGGGCACAGGCUGGUGAGCUAUGGGUGAAGAAUGAGAAGGUCAUGUGUGGUUAUAUCAGUGAAGAUACCAGGGUGGUGUUCCGUUCUACGUCAGCUAUGGUUUACAUAUUUAUUCAGAUGAGCUGUGAAAUGUGGGAUUUUGAUAUUUAUGGGGAUCUGUAUUUUGAGAAAGCUGUGAAUGGUUUCCUUGCUGAUUUGUUUACUAAGUGGAAGGAGAAGAACUGUAGUCAUGAAGUAACAGUGGUCCUGUUUUCUCGAACUUUCUAUGAUGCAAAAUCAAUUGAUGAAUUUCCUGAGAUAAACCGAGCCUCAAUUCAACAAGAUCACAAAGGGCGAUUCUAUGAAGACUUCUACAAAGUGGUGGUGCAGAAUGAGAGAAGGGAAGAAUGGACUUCACUCCUCGUGACCAUUAAAAAGCUUUUCAUCCAGUAUCCAGUGUUGGUGCGACUGGAACAGGCAGAGGGCUUUCCUCAAGGAGAAAAUUCUACCUCAGCCCAAGGAAACUACCUGGAGGCCAUCAACCUUUCCUUUAAUGUGUUUGACAAGCAUUACAUCAACCGUAACUUCGACCGAACUGGGCAGAUGUCUGUGGUGAUCACACCGGGAGUGGGUGUCUUUGAAGUGGACCGCCUACUUAUGAUCUUGACCAAGCAGCGGAUGAUAGAUAAUGGGAUUGGUGUAGAUUUGGUAUGUAUGGGAGAACAACCAUUACAUGCUGUCCCAUUGUUCAAGUUACACAAUCGGAGCAUUCCUCGGGAUUCUCGCCUGGGUGAUGACUAUAAUAUUCCUCACUGGAUAAACCACAGUUUCUACACAUCAAAAAGCCAGCUCUUUUGUAACAGUUUCACCCCGCGAAUAAAACUGGCAGGAAAGAAGCCUGCCUCUGAGAAAGCAAAAAAUGGCCGUGAUACAUCUCUUGGGACUCCGAAAGAAUCUGAUAACGCCCUUCCCAUCCAAGUAGAUUAUGAAGCCUAUGAUGCUCAAGUGUUCAGGCUUCCUGGCCCAUCCCGUGCUCAGCGCCUCACCACCUGCAGGUCUGUGCGGGAGCGAGAGAAUCAUCACCGGAAAAGCAUCAGCUCCUGUGACGUCUCAUCUAGCCCUUCCCUGCAGAGUCGUGCAAUGCCCACAGAGGAAGUGAGGAGUCAGGCUUCUGAUGACAGCUCCCUAGGCAAGAGUGCCAACAUCUUGAUGAUUCCACAUCCUCACCUGCACCAGUAUGAAGUCAGCAGCUCCUUGGGCUACACCAGCACCCGAGAUGUCCUAGAGAACAUGAUGGAGCCACCGCAGCGCGACUCCAGUGCACCAGGGAGGUUCCACGUGGGCAGUGCAGAGUCCAUGCUUCAUGUCCGACCUGGUCUUUACACACCCCAGCGAGCACUGAUUAACCCCUUUGCCCCCUCACGAAUGCCCAUGAAGCUCACAUCUAACAGAAGGCGCUGGAUGCACACAUUUCCUGUGGGACCAUCCGGAGAGGCCAUCCAGAUUCAUCAUCAGACCCGGCAGAAUAUGGCGGAGCUGCAGGGCAGCGGGCAAAGGGACCCAACUCACUCCUCUGCAGAGCUGUUGGAGUUAGCAUAUCAUGAAGCUGCUGGAAGGCACAGCACUACCCGCCAGCCUGGUGACGGCAUGUCUUUCUUGAACUUCAGUGCAACGGAAGAGCUUUCUGUCAGCCUGCUUAGCAACAGUGGUGCAGAUAUGAAUCCUAGGACCCAGAAUAAGGACUCUCUAGAGGACAAUGUUUCUACCUCUCCAGACCCAAUUCUGACACUGUCUGCUCCCCCUGUAGUGCCAGGCUUCUGUUGCACAGUUGGAGUGGACUGGAAGUCUCUUACUACUCCGGCGUGCCUCCCCCUCACCACCGACUACUUCCCUGACCGCCAGGGCCUGCAGAAUGACUACACGGAGGGCUGCUAUGAUCUCCUCCCAGAAGCAGACAUGGACAGGAGGGAUGAGGAAGGUGUGCAGAUGACAGCCCAGCAGGUGUUUGAAGAGUUCAUUUGCCAGCGGCUGAUGCAGGGCUACCAAAUCAUAGUGCAACCCAAGGCCCAGAAAUCCAACCCAGCUGUCCCACCUCCCCUGAGUAGUAGUCCGCUCUAUAGUCGAGGCCUUGUGUCCCGAAACCGCCCCGAAGAGGAAGACCAGUAUUGGCUGAGUAUGGGCAGAACUUUCCACAAAGUGACAUUGAAGGACAAGAUGAUCACAGUGACUCGGUACCUUCCCAAGUACCCUUAUGAAUCUGCCCAGAUCCACUACACAUACAGUCUGUGUCCUUCCCAUUCAGACUCAGAGUUCGUCUCCUGUUGGGUGGAAUUCUCCCAUGAGCGACUAGAGGAAUACAAGUGGAAUUACUUAGAUCAGUAUAUUUGUUCUGCCGGCUCUGAAGAUUUCAGCUUAAUUGAGUCUCUGAAGUUCUGGAGAACCCGCUUCCUGCUCCUGCCAGCCUGUGUGACUGCCACCAAACGCAUCACAGAAGGGGAGGUCCACUGCGACAUCUACGGUGACAGGCCGCGUGCAGAUGAGGAUGAGUGGCAGCUCCUGGAUGGCUUCAUCCGCUUUGUGGAGGGCUUGAACCGGAUCCGCAGGCGUCAUCGCUCAGACCGCAUGAUGCGGAAAGGGACCACCAUGAAAGGCUUGCAGAUGCCUGGGCCCAUUUCCACGCACUCCCUUGAGUCAACAGCCCCCACAGUUGUGAAGAAGGGAACCUCAGCUCUGUCUGCCCUGUUGGAGAUGGAGGCCAGUCAGAAGUGCCUAGGAGAACAGCAGGCAGCUGCUCAUGGUGGGAAGAGUGCCACCCAGCCAGUGGAGAACAGCAGCGUUGCCAUGACUCCCACCUACGUGGACAGCCCACGAAAGGCAUCGCUGGACCAAACAGUUGCUCCAGUGUUGGAUGGCACCAGUUUGGGGGUAAGCGCAAGCCAAUCUGUGGACAGAGGAAGCAGCCAGACCUUUGGGAGUUCCCAGAACUUAGGAGAACAGGCCUUCCCCUCUGGAAAUCCCAGUGACAGCAGCUCUCAGCAGCAGGCGACAAGCUGUUUAACGUCAUCCUCCACUCUGGUGGAGAUCCUGGAAGCCAUGAAGCACUCCUCGACAGGAGUCCAGCUGCUCUCUGAACAGAAAGGCCUCUCACCGUGCUGCUUCGUCAGUGCUGAGGGGGUGCAUUGGCUGAUGAACAACGUGGAGGGGGUGCAGACACAGGCCAUGGCCAUUGACAUCAUGCAGAAAAUGUUGGAAGAGCAACUCAUCACACAUGCAUCUGGUGAAGCCUGGCGUACCUUCAUCUAUGGCUUCUAUUUCUACAAGAUAGUGAUGGACCGAGAGCCAGACCGAGUGGCCAUGCAGCAGCCCACGGCCACCUGGCACACGGCAGGGGUGGACGACUUUGCCAGCUUCCAGCGCAAAUGGUUUGAAGUGGCCUUUGUGGCAGAAGAGCUCUUGCAUUCGGAGAUUCCUGCCUUCCUCCUGCCUUGGCUCCCCAGCCGGCCAGCCUCCUAUGCUAGCAGACACAGCUCCUUCAGCCGCAGUUUUGGAGGACGUAGCCAGGCAGCCGCACUUUUAGCUGCCACUGUCCCAGAGCAGAGGACUGUGACCCUGGAUGUUGACGUGAACAACCGCACGGACCGGCUGGAGUGGUGCAGCUGCUAUUACCAUGGCAACUUCUCUCUGAAUGCAGCCUUUGAGAUCAAGCUGCACUGGAUGGCUGUGACUGCUGCAGUGCUCUUUGAGAUGGUCCAAGGUUGGCAUCGAAAAGCUACCUCCUGUGGCUUUUUGUUGGUCCCCGUUUUAGAAGGUCCUUUCGCGCUGCCCAGUUACCUGUAUGGCGAUCCCCUUCGAGCCCAGCUCUUCAUCCCACUCAACAUCAGCUGCCUGCUCAAGGAAGGCAGCGAGCAUCUGUUUGACAGCUUUGAACCAGAAACAUAUUGGGAUCGCAUGCACCUCUUCCAGGAAGCCAUUGCCCACAGGUUUGGGUUUGUACAAGAUAAAUAUUCUGCCUCUGCUUUUAACUUCCCUGCUGAAAACAAGCCUCAGUACAUCCACGUGACAGGCACAGUGUUCCUGCAGCUACCCUACUCCAAGCGCAAGUUCUCGGGGCAGCAGCGCCGCCGGCGAAACUCCACCAGCUCCACCAACCAGAACAUGUUCUGUGAGGAGAGGGUGGGCUACAACUGGGCCUAUAAUACCAUGCUGACCAAGACGUGGCGCUCCAGCGCCACCGGGGACGAGAAGUUUGCCGAUCGGCUGCUGAAAGACUUCACGGACUUCUGCAUCAACCGGGACAACCGGCUGGUCCUGUUCUGGACGAGUUGUCUGGAGAAGAUGCACGCUAGCGCCCCAUGAAGCCAGGUUGCCCCAGACUCAGGAAGCCACGUGUGUGCGUGUGCGUGCGUGCGUGCGUGCAUGUGUAUGUGUGUGCCAAUACCCGUGCCUGUGCCUGGGUGGGGAGGGGGGAGCGAGGAUUCCUGUCAGGUUCUCAGUGUCCAGGAGUGGAGCCUGUUGCUUUCUUUUUGGUCCUCACACAAGGGUUUUUCUCAAGGAGAAAGACUUAAGCAACUGGCACCAUGACUGCCACCCAGAUCCCUGCCAGCAAGUGCUCAGCACAAGUGGGAGGUGCAGAUCGUUCGUGGGAGGGCUUCAGCGUCUGGGAAAGAGGGCAAGCAGCCCCCGUGAAUGUCCCUGGAGAAAGGCUGGUUCCCAUUAGCAUUCUUUUCCUCCAACACCCAUGGAAAACUAGGACCAGAAUCUGUUGCUUCCUACCUAGGAGUUUGCACCGUGUGUGUAAGAUAAUCCUGUGAAAUAAUGUGCCAUACUCUCACGCCCGUUGUAUAUAUCUGUACAAAGCCAGAAGAAAAUAAAGUG